CAACCUUUUAAAUAAUCUUUUGCUUCCUUCUCUCCUAUAUAUUAAGCAUUCUCAACCCUCUCAAACACAAAUUUCUCUCCCCCACCUUCCCAAAAAAAAACCCUAUUUUUCUUUUGUCUUAUCUUAAAGCUCUGUAUAUUUUCUUAUAAUCUUUUUCAUGGAGGAGAUUAAUCUAAGAUCAAUGAAACAAAGGUGUACCCACUUCUCAACUUCACCAUCUUUAGCCAUUCACAAAGAUUCAAAGACAAUAUCCAAAGUUUCCAACAUUAACAAUACUAAGCCUAAGAUUAGGAUUAUCCACAUAUUUGCACCGGAGAUCAUCAAGACUGAUGUGGCGAACUUCAGAGAGUUAGUCCAAAGGCUCACUGGAAAACCAACCGAGAAAGAUAAAUGCUGCAAGAAGAAGAAUAGGAGCAACAGUAAGCCCAGGAAUAUAAUAAAAAAUAUUCCCACAACACCUUCGUCGUCGUCAUCAUUAGAUAAUAAUUAUGAUAAUGAUGAUCAUCUAGCUGAUUACUCCAAAAACAGCUACUUUCCCACCAAGCCAACAGCCAUGAAAAUGGACCAUUUGAUGAAAACUGCUAGUUCUGGCUUUCAGGGUUUGGAUUAUAUGGCCAUGUCGGAUCACCAAAGGGUUAAAUUGGAGGAGGAAGAAGAAGAAGUUGUUGAUGAAGCUCGUCAUCACCAUCAUCAUGGUAUGUGGGAUAUGAUUAGUAAUAUUAAUAAUGGUGAGAAUAUUUCAAGUAGUACAACAGGGUUUUUGGAAGGGUUUCUUGGAUUUGAAGAGCUAGCUGGUGAUGAAUUCCCUAAUUUGCUACCUAGUUUAGAUAAUUCUCACGUGAUGCAAUUUGGUUUUGGAGGACCUCAACUUGUCUAGUAGUCAUCAUCUAAUUAACGUAGUAGUAAGGCUUUUUUUGUUUAAUUUGUUUUUUUUUUUUUUUUUUUUUGAUCUUUUGGUGGUAAUGAUGACUGCUCAUGAACAAAAGAAGAACCUUUUAUGAUCUGAUCUUAUAAAUUUCGAGUCUGAAAAAUAUAUAUAUACUGUUUCUUAAAAAAAAAUCUUUGGAGGUUCUUUUUUAGAGGAACUAUAUGACUACUACUUUAUCUACACGAUCAUGUUGUCCUCUAAUUUUUCUAAAAAUAAUUAUAUAUUUCUGCUCUAAAUACAAGCGUUUAAAUUAUUACAAAUACUUAUUUUGAUAUUAUUGUACUAGCUAGUAAUUCAUAUCCUCUAUUUCAGAACAAGUAUAGUAGUACUCGAAAUUAUAUUUGUUGAUUACUAUAUAUAUAUUAUUAAUUGCCUUCUCUUUUAUAAAUGUUUCUCACUAUUAUGUUUUUUUUUUUGUUUGUUUCUUUCUUUUGGAUGUGGCACUGAAAUUUGUCUCUUGUAUCUUGGUCUGGGGUUCUCUCUCUCUCUCUCUCUCAUAGUAAGAGUUGGCAAACCAAACAAGAACGUGCAUAAACUAAAACCUCGAGAAAUUGGUCAUUUCUUUUUCUUGUAAGAAUUGAUUAAUUGUGGGAAGUUUUUUUUAUAUAUUAAAUCAUAUAGGUUGUUUUUUUUCACAAUCACAAAAGUCGUCUUCCACUUGUCCUAUAUUAC